GACGGACCGGAGUCGCGGAUGUCCUCUGCAGCAGCUGGCCGAGCCAUGGCGACAACUCCCGCCGGGGCUUUCGAGGCCCUCAUGGAUGGAGUGACAAGCUGGAAUGUCCCCAAAGACCCUGUCCCUAGUGAACUUCUUCUGAUUGGAGAGGCCGCCUUCCCGGUGAUGGUGAAUGACAAGGGCCAGGUCCUCAUUGCCGCCUCCUUCUAUGGCCAAGGCCGCCUGGUGGUGGUGUCCCAUGAGGGCUACCUGCUGGACGCUGGCCUGGCUCCGUUUCUCCGUAAUGCAGUGGGCUGGCUCUGUCCCUCGCCUGGGGCUCCCAUUGGAGUGCACCCAUCACUGGCCUCACUAGUAAGUAUCCUGCAGGGCCGUGGGGUUCAGGCACACAUUCAGCCAGAACUGGGGGCCACCUUGGGGGUUUACUGCAUCAGUGCCUACCAGGACAAGAUGACUGCAGAGCUGAUCCAGUUUGUGAAACGUGGAGGCGGCUUGCUCAUCGGGGGCCAAGCCUGGUAUUGGGCCAGUCAGCACGGUCAUGACGACAUGCUGUCCAGGUUCCCCGGGAACCAGGUGACAAGUGUGGCCGGAGUGUACUUCACUGACAUCUAUGGGGACAGAGGACGGUUCAAGGUCUCUAAGAAGGUGCCCAAGAUCCCACUCCACGUCAGGUGAGUGGGGUUUCCCUAUGGGGAGUCUGACACGUGGUGACAAUAGAUUUGAUCUCCCUCUUCGAUGGGCUUCCGUGUUCAUACAUGUGGUUCUGCACUCUGGUUUGGACCCACCACAAGGCAAACACAGCGAGGAGGCUGAGUUCUCAUGGCCACCCCGUCCUGUGUCCAGGUGGAAAUGCUUGCCUUGUUCAUCUCUCUGUCUAGCACCGGGAUGGGAAGGGUGCGUAUCAAGAUCUCUUAAACAGGGGCGCCUGGGUGACUCAGUCGGUUGAGCAUCCGGCUUCGGCUCAG